GGAAAUAUUCAUGCAGUAAAUAUAUGUUUUAUGCACUCAGAUGCAGUGUUUCAUGCUCUACAAAUGAAAAUCUAUGGCAAGAUACUGACUUUGGAGAAAAUAAGGGACGGUGGACCAGUUUGUCUGUUUGCACUGUAAUGGACCUAGAUCAAGGUGGCAAGUAGCAAAUCUGAACUAGAUCAGAAAAGGAUUGGGAGUGUUAUAUUGACAUUUGUGUGGCUGACUUUGAAGAUUCUGCAGUGAACAGUGAUGCUGAAAGGAUUCAUUCCCGACAAAUAAGAUAAUCAUGAGCAUAAGUACACUCAGGAAAACAACAACAGCAACAGCUUCAACAGCUCCAGCACUGCCUCACUAAUGAACAUUCUUCCGGGCUAUGUGGUUUUGUGGAGCAAAGAGACAAAUGGACUCCUGGACAAACGUGUCAUCUUUAACUUCAACAACAUGGUCUGUUAUGUACAGACUUGGCAUGUCUUUGAACCUCCAUGUCAAUCAGAGGACAAUGCGUUUUCAGUAAACAGCUGUGACAGGACCUAAGGACAAACUAUCGACCCUUUAUUUGUUUAAAUGGAUCCCCCUAGGACAGGAAGUCUACGGUAACUUGUUUUGGGGGGGGGUCUUGCAAAAGGAAGUCCCCUAAAGUGACUCUGUGCUCUGUCUGGAGAUGCUUCAGGCCAACAAUUACUCAGUGGUGCUGCUGAUCCAGCUGACGCUACUCACCUUCGACCUCUUUGUGAACUCCUUCAGUGAGCUGUUGAGGACCUCACCCGUAAUCCAGCUUGUGCUUUUCAUCGUUCAAGACAUCAGCUUGCUAUUCAACCUGUUCAUCUUCCUGCUGAUGCUGUUCAACACCUACGUGUUCCAGGUGGGACUCAUGUCCCUGCUGUUAGAGCGCUUCAGGAUGCUCAUCUUGCUCGCUGUGAUCUACCUGCUCUCCAGUGUCUCUCUCCAUUCCUGGAUGAUGAAUUUGCGCUGGAUGAAAUCUGAUCACUUUGUGUGGACCGAUGGACUACUUGUUCUGUUUGUACUCCAGAGAACAGCUGCUGUGUUGUACUAUUACUUCUACAAGCGGACGGCUGAGUGUAUGGGAGACCCACGGCUCUAUAAGGACUCCCCUUGGCUGCGGGAGGCCUUCGCACGGUCGCGUCAGUUAUGAAUGACCAGUGGGGUCUCUGUGUGAAACUGUUUUGACGAGAGCCAGCAUGGAGCCAUCAGGACUCGCCGAGAUCAUGCUGAGGACAGAGCCAGAAUGGAUUCCCGCGCAGAGCUGGGAAGUCGGUGACUGAUGGACUGCAAACUGUGAGCAGUUGAAUGACUGCUCAGUCAGUCAGUAUGUUUACAUGACAUUCAAAAAACAAAACAUAGUAUUGUGUUAGUCAUCUCAGUCGAAGCUCUGUGUGAAGGGAAAUGGAUAUACAUUUGUGACAGUACGACUGUGCGAUCUGUUCCAGUUUUCAUUUAUAUUUUAUGUGCUUAACUAUCCUGAGUGAUUGUUGCCUAUUAUAAUUCUGUUUCAUAACAUUUUUAUAUGAAACAUUUUAAAGUGGGGAAAAAAUGAAUCUGUGUGCCGGGUUGCCUUGGAUGAAUGAGCUCACAAUUACAAUAUGAUUGUACAGCAUUUGUGCUUCUACAAACUCAAAUACAGAUUUGUUUGGAGGAAAGUCAUUUAAUCUUCAAAUUCAGAAUAUAUAGUAUUUUGACAUUAAUCUAAGUGGCUGCAAUUAUGACCUUAAAAGUUAUUUGUGCCUCAUAAAAUGAUACCCAGGCCUGAUAGUAUUAACUUACCGUUAACAUUUUGGAUGGUAUUUACAACGUACAGUAGCCCCCAUAAACGUUAAAUCAUCUCUCCACAGUUUGAGCAUAUUUUGUAUUUUAUUUUAAGGCUUGGCUAGGUAUCAUGGUUGCCUAAAAAACAAUUACUGCUUGGCAUCUUGUCCCAUACUGAUAUCUUUAGUUAAUUCUCAAGUGACAUACAGUAUAAAGUAUUUAUAUACAGACGAAUCAGUACAUCCAAGGUAAUGCUCAAAUCAUUAAGUUCUGGUGAUAAUAAAUCUUAAAUUUGGAAAAGUCUAGGCAAUGUCUGGUGAUCCUGGUAAACAUGACCCCCAGAGGUGAUGGUAGUAAGUAGAUCAUACUAAACCAAUGUUAUGUCUGAACCAUUAUCCUUACAUUUGCAAUGCUUUGCUAUUGAAAAUAAAACAGUGUUACAGUUCAUGCAUUUUUAUUCAUUAUGAUUAAUGCUGAAUGAUAUUGCAUGGAUGAUAUAAAAUAUAACAUUCAAGGAA